CGUCAGGAUUCAGGUCCAAGUUUUCGCGCCGAGCAUCGACCGCGCAACGUGUAUACCACGCUGCCAUCGAGCACGAGAAUCUACGGAGCGUGUGAUCCGCCAGCAGCGAACCGGGAUCGAUCGAUCCUCCUUGAUCGACGCCAGCCCCCUCUCAUCGUUCGCGGUGCACCGACUCCAGCCGAGGUGUUUUCGAGGGAUUCGAGGAAAUUUCACCCGGAGGACGACCGUCGUCGGCCUAGCCCGGUGGGACGUCUGGUCAAGAAGGUGGUGGACCGGAGGAAGAGAAGUUCGCAAGUGGAGGAAGUUUGUGAUACGUUGGUGAUCAGCCAGGGUGUGCUUCGAGAGUGAUCAGGGAAUCAGAGCGUAGAGGUGCGUGCGCCGACUCGUUCAGUCGGCACGUGGACAGGGACACACGUACACGUACGCUUGACUGUUUGUUUUGUGGACACGUCUACUGGUGAUCUGACGGGAUCCGCUGGGAUAAGUGGAUCGUCCGAGAAUCGUCUGACCGAUACGCGCAUCGACUACUCGUCUGCCAGAGCCGAUCCUCUUCGGACUCGUCGUUCGGAUCGUUUCGAGGGACUCGUUCGCAGUCGCGUUCUACGUUGUCGGUUUCGGCCGGCCGAAGACUGUCGAAAGUACAUUAUCACGAGGGCCACGUGCGGGAGGCAAUUAAACGCGUGGCAGGUGCUACGGACAGGUGGUGGCCGAGUUAAUUGCACGGCAAUAAGCGUAGACAUUCUGCGAAAGAUUGAUCAACGUUCACCGGUGCCGGUACGACCGACUGUAUCGUGUGUAACGACUCGGCAUCGCGGAUUCGCAAGGACUCGGACUUUAAUAAGCUCCUAAUUAUCGUCGCGGAUAAUUACGACGCGUGAUCGCCGUUGUAUUCUUCGGCGUGGAAUCGAGGCGAUAAGCACGGACAGCGAGCACAUCGUUGACAAAUAGAAUAAUUAAAAUCGCAUUAAACCGACUACGUCGCGUUCACGCCGCGCGUUAUCUCGAAGGUGACCGAGUGUGCAGAGGAACGCUUACGUUUGACGAACCGGUGAAACGCUGUGUUUUUUCGUCGUUCGGUGCUCGUCAGCAACGAUUUUGACAUUCCCUUCCGGGUGCACAUCCGACGAGAGCGAUCGAAGAAUCGAGUGACGUAUUAUCGGGUCUCGAGCAAUUAACAGUUUGCUGCUUAAUCGCUCCUAAUUACUCGCAAUUACCCGGCGUAAUUAUGGUAGGCUGAUGUCACCGGCGGUCGAUGUAUUUGUGAAUCGUUUGUCCGUCGAUAUCGGUUCACCGUCACCAUCCGGACUGUUCGUUGUCGUCGUAACCGGUCGCUAGAAAAUUGCCUAGUGAUCGUGGAAAAGAAAGGCGGAGAAACACGCGAAAGUGCUUGGAACUUGGGACAGAGACGCGAUCGUGAUCGUUACGUGGCUACCGACAACUGUCGAGAACAGACUAUUCGUCGACACCGAGAAACACGAAUUUCGGUUCGAUCCAACAACUAGUGGCAUUGAGCUAAAUAAUUAAACGGCAGUCGACAAAACCUACGUCAAGACGAAGUCCCACGCACGUCAGACGCAAGUCGCCUCAGAUUACGAAUCCCCUGGAUGCAAGGUUGACAUGGCGGAGGGUUCACCCGAAGAGGAACAGAGCAGUACCGCUGCAUCCGCUUCCCCGCCAGCUGAUCUUCGCACUCUGAACACCCAAUUGUUACCGCCUUAUCACCACCAGUCCCAUCUCCAACCUCGUCUUCAGCAUCUGCAGCAUCCCAACACGUUGGCGACCGCCGUACCGCCCAGGCACAGCCACAGCAUGCUGUCUCAUCAGGUGAACAUGGAAGCCGAGUUGGACGCGCCCUGCGACGUGCCAUUGAAUCUGAAGAGCGAGCGUUGGUGGACGGAUUUACGAUCACGGCAGGCACCAGCAUCAUCCACCGACAGCGACAGGAGUAGCGCCGGCACUCCGGAAGCGACGGCCACAAACGGAAAUUCACUCCACGAGCAUCAGAUAAUGAUGGACGACAUCAAGAUUUCACGAAAAGGAGAAUCCAGUCCGUCACCCGAGAAUCUGCAUCAAGCGAAACGGGCGGCUGAAGCACAUCUCAACGGUACAAUGGCUGCUGGCAUGGUGACCCUGCAAAAUCUUCACAAUCUGGCAAAUCUGCACAAGCUCAUCAACACACCCUUGAAUCUCACAGUUAGCUCUUCUGGAGGUACUGUACCAACAGCUUCGAGUACGACAGUUUCACCUCAUCUUUUGCCACCAAGUCCGGCGCCAAUGGGGACAUUACCUCAGCUAUUAUCUCAGCCACAAUCGGCCGCGAUGCCUCAAUUCAUUCUAACGUCCGGUCAAUUGGUUCAAGGCAUUCAAGGGGCUCAGCUUCUUAUCCCCACGUCGCAAGGAAUCGCCUCGCAAACUAUCCUCACGAUUCCCGUCAGCCAUAUCACGAAUCAGAUGGUCAACUUGGGGCUCAACAAUGGCCAGGUUGUCUCCACCACCUUGGCGAACCUUCAGUCUAUCGCUCAGCCACAGAACAUGAUGAACACACCGACCAGCAAUGGCGAUUUUACAGUUCCAACAAGUCCCAAUUUAGCAUCAGGUCUAGGACUGAAUCCGGCAGCUUUGCGGCACCUUUUGAGCAACAGUUCGACCAGCCAGCAACUUUUGAACGCGAUGCAACCUCAGCAACUGCUUCAAGCCGCGCAGGCUGCUCAGGCGCAGACCGCACAGGCGGAUCAGGCUGCUCAUGCUUCUCUGCGACCACUUCUGACGACGUCGCCGCAGCAACACGGCCAUCGACACAGCUCUCACAUGAAUCACUACACGCAGCCGACGGAUAAGCAUCACAGAGAGAGGCCAGAGCAAUCGUCGCCUUUGAACGAGUCCGUGGUAUCCGCUGCGUCGGCAUUAAACAGACUGGCGUCCAGCAACGGCGAAAUCACUAUCACGACCACGCAUGGAUAUAAUUGCGUCGGUGUGAAAGCGUCGCCCAACAGCAUGCACAGUUCCAAAGAAGAGGAAGACGAUCUGAUCGAUUCACCCAACCACCCAACCAUCAACGACUCCGCGAACAACGUGAACGGUUUCGAACUGGAGGACAUCAAAGAGUUCGCGAAGGAGUUCAAACAACGUAGAUUAUCCCUAGGUUUGACGCAAACCCAGGUGGGGCAAUCGCUGAGCGCAACGGAGGGUCCAGCUUACAGCCAAAGUGCUAUAUGCAGUGCCCUGGCUUACCGGCUGCUCGCUGCCUUGCAGAGUGCCCCUCAGCAGCACCCUAUAUUCGAAAAGUUGGACAUCACGCCAAAGAGCGCGCAAAAGAUAAGGCCGGUCCUCGAAAAGUGGAUGAAAGAGGCUGAAGCGAGUGGGUCUGAUUACAGGUACAAGAACGGGAUCAAUCAGUUGACGGAGUUUAUCGGCGUGGAAACCAGCAAGAAGCGAAAGCGACGAACUUCGUUCUCACCGCACGCUUUGGAACACCUGAACGCCCACUUCGAAAGAAACACACAUCCAAAUGGUAAUGAGAUCACAAAAAUAGCCCAGGUUCUUGGAUACGAACGAGAGGUGAUAAGGAUUUGGUUCUGCAACAAGAGGCAGUCCUUGAAGAACACGCUGAGGUCGGUAGCGAAGUCCAUGACGUAAGAAGUAACGUAAUCGGACAAGAUUCUUCGAUCAGUGAACAAGAAAAAGCUUUAAGGACUCAAGUUUACGCCACAACUCCACGAGAGACUUAAAUCGCGUGUCUUUCAUCGAUCUCGAUAACCAGUUCAAUCGAUAGAUUCCCAUCGACAGAAUUUACGAAAUGUCGCGUUAAUAAAUAGAAUUUCUACGAAGUGAACGAGCGAGAGCAAUUUCAAAAUUCGCGCGUCCCAGCGGGCGGACGGCGGGAAUUUUCGAAACGCUCCCGUGUCGAUCGAUGUAAAGAUCGUUUGUGAUCGCAAGCGUAUACGAGACCUAUCUGUAAAUAGCUUUAACCUAUGUGACUAAUGUGAUGUACAGGAGUCGAGCGUUACGAUAAUCGCAACCGUGUGCCGUCUUUCGCGAAAAAUUGGGAAAUCGACUUAUCGACGAUAGUAUACGUCGACUCCGUUUAUAACCAACGACGAUAGCUGCUUACCGACUGACGGUACGAUAGAUAUUACCAUCUCACGGUAAAGUAGAUUUGACGGGAUUUUUAAGAAUACAAACAUCGCACUGCGAUUAUUAACGCGUCGACUCGUCGAAUUAGGAUAAGUAAAUUCCGCAAGAAACCGCACAGAUAAUGCUAGUUCACGAAACGAUCAUGGAAGCUUCCAGCUGCUGAGGAUCGUUUGUGGCAGUGAUGGGCAACUGUGAAGGGCACGGUGAAUGAACACGCAAAUACUGUGCACUAGUAGGCGUUAGGUUAUCAAAUUUCUACGAUCUUUAACAUCUAUUUUGCCAAACUUCUAAAUUCGAACGUUUGGAGUUAUCAAUUUUCGAACUUGUAAAUUAUCAAAUUUUCGAAUUAUGCAAUCUCUCCAAAUUAUCAUAUUUGCAUAUUUCCAAAUUUCCAAGUUAUCGAACUCCUAAAUUCCUAUAUCUGAGAACUUGGUGUUUCCGAAUAUCUGAAUAUGAAAAUUUGAGGUCAAGUUUGAAAAUUUCUCGAUUUCUAAAAUUUCAAACUUGAAGUCUUCGGAUUUCACCCUACCUGAAAACCGGUCGCUGUACAUACACAACAGACCAUCGGAGGGCAGCAGAUCUGCCCAUCACUGAUUCAUGGAACAAUCCGGAGGAAGCACAAUAACGAGGAACCGUACAACAAAUAUGAUCACCUUAAUUAAGGCGAGAAAAUGGUAUUUCUUGUACGCGACCGAACCUGGAACACGGAAAGAUCGAGGAAUGGACGUUGAAGUCCGUUUCGCACACAGAAAAGAACAUAGUUGAAGCAACGAGAGUCAACCACAACAGCAACAGUACCGUUCACAAUACCGUUCACAACAGGGAUACGAGUUCAUUUGCCAAUGAAAUAGCAACGGAGAUAUUUUACAGUAACGCCGCUAUCGUUUAUAACGGAUCACCACACAACGUUUUCAGUUUCAUUUCUUACCGGAGGAACACAACCAACCGCAUCAUCGCAGGCUUCGUUCGAGAUCAAAUGUUUCAACCAUAUUGUUCUCUGGGUGUGCGCUCGUCUGUAUGUUACGCGUGUAUGGUCCAGGUAAAUUACGAUUCCUCUUCGAAAUAUAAUUCCCAGUGAGCCUCCGCUUUUGUUUGAACCGUUACUUCGUCUUUUUAUGCAAUAUAUCGAACAUCGAUGUGAUCUUUGUUAGAAACUGUACAGAGUGUCAAAGGUAGUAUAGUUCUUCGCGAAUAUUUCGUUUCUUGUCAAUUUUACGACGUACAGAGCUAUUACAAGAUUUGUAGUUUGAGAAAUUCUCUAUAAAAAAGAUUCUACAAGUUUUCUCAUAGGUGUAAUUAUUUUCACGUAUGAUGGCUUAAGAGAUUACUUUCAUACUUGGAUGCUGUCCUUUAGUUCACCGGAUGUUAUCUCAGAAACGGUUGCACCUAUGGAAACAGAUUGUAGAAUCUUUUUUGUAGAGAAUUUUCUAAGCUAUAAAUUUGAUAAUAACUAUUUUUGUCGUAGGAAUGAUGGGUAACGAGAUAUUCGCGAGAAACUGUUUCCGUUUACGAUAUAAAGGUUCACAGAAAAAUGUAGGUCGCUGGGAAUAAUUUCGCAGAUAAACCAUAGUCUGACUUUCCUGGACUGUGUAUCGAUGGACUUUUGUUAGAGGAAAGGGGGAGUAGAGGAUGGACUGUAGCGAGUUAAAUUAACGCAAUAACGUGUUCGAAAGUAUAAUUAUCGAUCGAUCAUAAGAUGGAUUAUCCUCCUGAUGCCGCCGAGUGAAAUUCUAUUCGAAACCGAAAGAGGGAAAGGCUACUCCAAUAGAGGUGGUUUCAGGUAUUUCCGCGGAGUAACAUGGAAAAAGUAAAAAUAUAAAAAAAAAAUCACUAGUCCGUAAUAGUCUGCCAUAUACGAGGUAUACGUAUUAAACGUUUACGCAUCUUUCGUUCCUAAAUGUUCGAUCUUGCUUAGCCCGCUGACGAUUGUAUCGACAGAUUGGAUGCGUUCCGUUUCCGCGUUCACGGUUAUUUUGCAAUCGAUCUGAUUUCUGAACGAUUUCGAAGCAUCUGUAGAAAUUCGAUUUUAAAAGACUUGCACGAGGAGGAGACACGAAUCGAAAUAUAUAGGAUGUCGGAUACAAUUUCUGGUUAACAGUAAAAUACAAUUAACAACGAUAAUAUUUCAUUUCGGCUGCAAAUUAGCCGCGCGAUCGAUGUACGAUGGCUAAUACCACUAGGUGGGUAAUUUUGGCACGGAAACGCGACGAAACGGAACGAACAGAGACAGGUUCCAAUAUCCACGGACGAAUCUCCAUAUUUACGCAUCCAGAGGAACGGUUCGUUGGUAAAGAAGAGGGGAGGAAGAAGCAGGAAAGCUGAUUAAAUAAAUAAAAAUUAUAAUACGAUAAACAAGAAGCAUAAAAUAUCGACCAUCCCACAAGGAUAUAUCUCUCAUGUAUUCCCGGUUAAUCGAUAGUGAAUAAUAGCGUUUCUUUGAAUGUGUUCCGCUUCAACAACUCUUUCUUUCGUCUGUCCUAAAAGAUGACAGGAUUAGUCGUUUAUCGGUGGUAAAUCGACCGAUCAUACAUACACACACAAGUUCUAUCGACAUUUUUCCUUCCUUGCGUAAUAAACGAUACUGUAGGCGACACCCAUCCCAUUAAAUGGUACGACACGAUUUCUUAAAUAUCUCAAGCUCGAGUAUAAUUAAGAAAAACAUUGUAUGAUUGGAGCAGCGGAAAAGGGACAGACGUCAUGUACACUACACGUUCAUGCAUAUACAUACAUAUACACACAUGUACUUCGAUAACCCAGAACGUUUGUAAUUGGCUAUACAGGGUGAUAGGUAAAUUGAUACUCUUAUUUUUAUGGGGUAUUUUACUUUUCAGAGAGAUUCAAAUAUUGCUGGUUUCUAUGGAAAUUGAAAUAUUUUAUGGGGUGAAAAGUGUGGGAGUACAGAUCCUUGUUUCAAAAUUUUUUUAUCUAUAAACUUUAGAUUACUCUUUCAUAAAUAUUGUUAUUGGACUUGAAUGUUACGGAGGUCUAAAUUAAAUAAUUUCAAGGUCCAAAUUCUCAAGGUUACAAAACGCUAAACUU